AUGCACCACCAGAUCCUCAGGCAAGCCAAGAGGCAUCCCAGCUCAAUACCUCUCUUCGUAUUCACUGGAGCAAGAAGUACUGGAGCAUCACUCUAUGAGAUGCACUUGGCAUUUUUCAAUCCAGAGGUCACCUGGGACAGGAUGAAGAAGCCAGAGCCUUGUGUCAAACUGGGUCCCAAUGACCAAUACAAGUUCUACUCAGUCAAUAUUGACUACCGAAAACUGAAGAAAAAGGGACCUGACUUCUAA